UUCUCAAUCAUCAAACACCUCUAGAAUACCAAACCCCAUUCUCUCUUUCAUUUCAUCUCUCAAAUACUCUCAGACCUUCACAAAUUCAAUGGCGAAAACCGGAAAAUUAACAAAAAUCAAGUCGGUUCUCAAGAAAUGGCAGUCAUUCGGGAAACUAGGCCGCUCCAACAGCUCGAUAGCCGCCGCAAACACUUCAUUUUCGGACGAAGAUUCAUCUUUCGAUCAAAUCUCUAGCCGAGAUAAUUUUCCCGUUUAUGUCGGAAAAUCUCGCAGACGGUAUCUUGUCAACUCGGAAAUUCUGGACCACCCUGUUUUUCGCGAGCUUGUUGAGAGAUCAGGCGAUGAAGAUGACAACAUUGUUGUAUCAUGCGAAGUUGUCCUGUUCGAACAUUUGUUGUGGAUGCUCGAAAAUGCUGAUCCUCAACCAGAAUCACUAGAUGAGCUCGUUGAGUUUUAUGCUUGCUAAGCUUGAGCUGAAUUUACAUUUAGUCUCUCCUCGAUUUUUAUUUCUUGGUAAGUCGGAAAAAAAUAAAAUUUACUUGGUAGAAAUAAAGUUUCACAAGUACAGUAUAUGUAGCAUGGUAGGAAAUGUAAAAAUUGUAUAGAGGAGAGAGUGACAUCUGGAGAAAUAUACUAUGACCGAUUUUGCAUCUUG